AUGCCUGGUAAGGCAGAGGGAACCGCGAAGAAGGCCUUUUCCUGUCCUGGCGAUGCUCUGCGACGGGAUCUUGCUGUGCGGCGUUGCGGUGUGCAGUAUCGGAGAUCGUUCGCCUCAACCACUGCGUCGCCCCCGAUCGAGCACCAUGCCUCUUCGCUUAGCGAUCAAGGUUUUGUGCUGAUAGUGCUGAUUUUCUUAUUUCAGCGGAAACUCGCGCAAAGGUCUGAGCGAGUUAAGUGUGUGGAUCUUCAUCCAACAGAGCCAUGGAUAUUAUCCAGCUUAUAUACCGGAAGUCUUCAUAUUUGGAACUACCAGAACCAGAGCCUGGUGAAGUCUUUCGAGGUUACCGACCUGCCAGUGCGAUCAGCGAAGUUUAUCCCCCGUAAGCAGUGGGUUGUGGCUUGCUCUGAUGACAUGUUCAUCCGAGUGUAUAACUAUAACACGAUGGACAAAGUGAAACAGUUUGAGGCACACACUGAUUACAUUCGGUGUGUGAUAGUGCAUCCCACGCUACCUUAUGUUCUAUCAUGCUCAGAUGAUAUGCUUAUCAAGCUCUGGGACUGGGAAAAAGGUUGGAUUUGCACUCAAAUUUUCGAAGGGCACUCUCAUUAUGUCAUGCAAGUAACGUUUAAUCCCAAAGACAGCAACACCUUUGCAAGUGCUUCUUUGGAUCGAACUGUGAAGAUUUGGAACUUGAGUUCUCCCGAACCCAAUUUUACCCUCGAGGCUCAUCAGAAAGGUGUCAAUUGCGUGGAGUAUUUCACCGGCGGUGACCGGCCACAUUUGAUCACAGGAUCUGAUGAUCAAACAGCCAAGGUGUGGGAUUACCAAACCAAGGGUUGUGUGCAGACUUUAGAGGGCCAUUCUCACAAUGUAUCUGCAGCGUGUUUUCAUCCCGAGCUCCCUAUCAUCCUUACUGGUUCAGAAGAUGGAACAGUUCGUAUUUGGCAUGCAACUACGUACAGGCUAGAGAACACGUUGAACUACGGCUUGGAGCGAGUAUGGACUAUUGGGUACAUCAAGGGCUCAAAAAGGGUGGCAAUUGGAUACGAUGAAGGAACUAUCAUGAUUAAAAUGGGAAAGGAGGCACCAGUUGCUAGCAUGGAUGGUAGUGGUAAAAUCAUAUGGGCAAAACACAAUGAAAUACAGACUGUCAAUGUCAAGGCAGUUGGUGCUGAUUUCGAGUUUGCUGAUGGAGAACGCUUGCCUCUGGCUGUGAAAGAGCUAGGGAGUUGCGAUCUGUAUCCUCAGAGCCUCAAACAUAAUCCCAAUGGCAGGUUCGUGGUAGUGUGUGGUGAUGGUGACUUCAUCAUCUACACAGCUCUUGCUUGGAGAAAUCGAUCAUUUGGUUCUGCCUUAGAUUUUGCCUGGUCAACUGAUGGUGAAUAUGCAGUUCGCGAAAGCACUUCCAAGAUCAAAAUCUUUGGCAAAACUUUUCAGGAGCGAAAAAGUAUUCGGUCAUCUUUUUCAGCUGAGGGAAUGUACGGUGGUACUUUGCUUGGAGUUCGUUCUAAUGACUCGGUCUCUUUCUAUGAUUGGGCUGAAGGCCGUGUAAUUCGGAGAAUUGAUGUCGUAGUGAAGAACGUAUUCUGGUCAGACAGCGGAGAUCUGGUUGCGAUUGCGAGUGAAAGCUCCUUCUAUAUUCUGAAGUACAAUCGGGAUGUGGUUGCAGAGCACUUUGACAGUGGCAGGCCAACGGACGAACAAGGUGUGGAAGACGCCUUCGAACUCCUACACGAAAUCUCCGAACGAAUUAGAACUGGCUUGUGGGUGGGCGACUGCUUCAUUUACAACAAUUCGGCAUGGAGGCUCAACUAUUGUGUCGGUGGAGAGGUGACGACAAUGUUCCACUUAGAUCGUCCGAUGUAUCUACUUGGGUAUCUCGCAAAUCUGAGUCGCGUGUACCUCAUCGACAAGGAGUUCAAUGUCGUGAGCUACACACUUUUGCUGAAUCUGAUAGAGUACAAAACUCUAGUCUUGCGAGGAGAUCUGGAAAGAGCAGAGGAAGUUUUACCGACUAUUCCAAAGGAACAUCUGAAUAGUGUUGCGAAAUUUCUGGAGUCACGGGGUCAGGUGGAGGAUGCUCUUGCUAUUGCAACUGAUCUUGACUACAAGUUCGAUAUGGCCAUUCAGCUAGGCAAGCUAGAUACUGCUAAGGAUAUAGCCGAAGAGUCACACAGUGAGUCCAAAUGGAAGCAGCUAGGCGAACUUGCCAUGUCAGCUGGACAGUUUGAAGUUGCGGAAGAAUGCUUCGGUUACGCGAAGGAUUUGAGCGGUUUCUUGCUGCUAUAUACAGCCCUUGGAGAUGCUCAAGGGCUUGAUAAACUGGCAGCUACUGCCAAGGAGCAGGGGAAGAUAAACAUUGCCUUUCUCAGCCACUUUUUACUCCGAAAAAUAGAGGAUUGUGUACAAUUACUGAUAGACAGUAAUCGGAUACCGGAGGCUGCCUUUAUGGCUCGUACAUACUUGCCGAGUGAAGUGAGCAAUGUUGUUAGUCUCUGGCGAAAUGAUUUGAAGAAGAUAAAUCAAAGGGCUGCUGAGUCAUUAGCAGACCCUCAAGAUUAUCCCAAUUUAUUUCCAGAUUGGGAAUUGGCUUGUGAUGCGGAAGUCAAGAACAAGGAGCAGAGCGCCAACUUUCUUCCAGCCUCGCAAUAUCUGAGUUACAUCAAUGGUGAACUAAGUGACUUGACUGGUGAGGUAGAGGACUUACAUUUGAACAAAGAUUCUUCUAUGGAAAACGGUCACUACGUGGAAGAGAGCGGAGGACUCGUAGGUAACCAGGAACAAGAAGUUUUCCAUGACUCAGAGUAUUUGAAAGAGUAUCAACAUGAGGAUUUAAAUGUGGAUGAUGGGGCUGGUUUUGUGAAGGCCGACCAGUACAUAGAAGGUGAAGGCGAGCUUUUGGAGCCUCACCUCGUAAACAACACUCACGAAAGCGCUGAAGAAUGGAGUGUGGAAAUCGAACAACCACAUCUUGAAGAAUGAGAUUGGAGCUGGCUCCUUUGAACGCAACAGUAGGCAGCAUAAUUAGCCGAUGCUGAGAAUCACUUUCAUGGUAAAUGGCGGCAUGUUUCACAGGAACUGAUCUCUGUUCGUGUAACAAUAGAAUGAUGCCAGCUUAUCUGUAACAAAGUGAGAGCCGUUCUGUUGGUGCUCCAUUCACAUAGGUGGAGCAUCUCAAGCUAACAACGUGCUUGCAUUCUGCCAAAUAUUUUAAGUUACCAAUAUUAGCCAGAAGCAUUACCAUUUUUUACUACUUUUAUAAUGGUAGCCAUGAAUGAGGACAUGGUAAUUUAACCAUGUCCCAUCCUACGUUGUCAGCUCCGUAAGGAUUCAAGGGUCUUGACUUGAAAAGCUCUGAAAUCCCAGGAUACUCCAGAUACUGCUAAGUGCUCCUAGCUAUGUAAAUGUUCCUUGUAUAACUGAGUACGUGGAAAUAUUCCCAAAUUCUUAACAACGUGAUACUUCAAUCCUGCCACA